AUGAAAUAUCUCAAGCACGUGCAUUCCAGAUCCGCCGCUCGUCUCAUGCGACCCAGUGUAUCAAAGUUUGGACUACUUCUUCCCCUUCUCUGGUCGGUCACGGGCGCAAAAAGUCAAGAUACGUUCAAUGAAUCACUCACCGUGCGCUCGCUCCCGGACGGCAAGGUGUCCACGCACUUCUCGUUUGCGGUGACGACUAAGCAAGGCGAAUCACAACACUAUACACUCUUUCCCCUUGCGCUAGGCCAGAUCUUGCGCGAGUACAGGGUGACCGAGCUCCACCUUACCCUGAAUGCUGGGAAGUGGGACUAUCAGCGGUGGGGGUAUCCGGAUGAGCAGGACGUAGGCACCGGUGCAGAGUUGUGGGCUUGGAUGGGAGACCCGAAAGACCACGGAGGUGACGAUGCUGGCAUUGACAAGCGCUGGCGCGACCUCCGCAACGCUCUAGCUGGCCUGUUCUGCGCCUCUCUUGGGUCGCUGGAUGAGCUGCGCACGACAUCUCCCGCGCUCGUUUUCGCUCCAGAAGGCGCGCUGCCGGUCUCCAGGCCACAUCACAUACUGCGACACGCUUCAGUCCCCUCCGAACACGUCUGCACGGAAAACCUGACGCCGUUCCUCAAACUGCUCCCGUGCAAGGGCAGCUCGGGACUCGCGCAGCUUCUCAAUCCACACAAGCUGUUCGACGCAGAUUGGCAUGGGAUCGGGCUGCAUGUGACAUGGGACCCUGCGUUCGGCGUGCAGGCGCGAUUGUCUAUCCAGGCAGUGUUUGACCCGGUGCGGGGCACGGCUAAACGAGAUUGGUCGCUUGCGUCGCUGUUCGAUCGGAAGAUUCAGCACGCCUGCCCUGCCGCGAGCGAUAGUCGUUUAGCGGUGGCUUUGCCUGUGAAUGAGGGGUACAUGAUCUCGCACCAGCCCUCGUCGUUCCAUGAAGGGCACGCGUUGUUCGACGUCGCUUCCCAGAGUCUUCCCUUUGAUGUCGGCUUACAAUGGACGUCCGAUUUCCAUCAUACCGAUGCUCAUGCCCAGAUCCCGCUCUCCAUCCGCCGGACAUUGGAGGGGCCAACUCAAGAUCAUGGCAGACUAUCGGUUCAUAUGGUCAACGAGGGACCGAAUGUGAUUCACACAGCAUACUUGGAGACAAUGCCGUGGAUCAUUCAGUUCUAUCUCCACACGAUGACUGUGAGAUUGAACGGGAUGCCGAGAAACGACCUCGUGCACAACUUCUCGUACAUCCCCCCCAUUCCCCACUCCCGAGCAACAACGUUCCAGGCCAUGCUUGAGCUGCCACCGAAGAGCAGUGUGCAUCUGAGCAUCGAGAUCACCAAGGCCUUCCUGCGUUAUACAGAGCACCCACCCGAUGCUCAACGUGGCUGGGACCUCCCUCCCGCGAUUCUUUUGGCUGAGGGAAAGAGGAUCUACACGCCUACGUUGCUUGUAGAUCUGUCGACGCCGGAUUUCAGCAUGCCAUAUAACGUGAUCAUAUUCACUUGCUCGGUCGUGGCUUUCAUCUUUGGCAAUGUGCCGAAGAAUAGCGAUACUGCCCUGGAAGUCAAGGAACGCGCUGGACUCGCUGUAAUGUACAUCCUGAUCUCUCUUCAUUGUUUCCAUUUCCAGCGUCACAUGAUAGUGGCCAUCGUCGACUGCAAUGACGCACGGUGCGAGAAGUCUAUACAACAUCGUGGAAGGUGUGUUUCGAGAGACUGCAUCAGAGUGUUCGGCCCGGAGAUCCAACAGGACUUGGACCGUGUGGACGAUUUCUGCUGGGCGUGUCGAGCAGCUAAGGAGAGACAUGCAAGGGGGAACUUUAGUUUAGGAUAACUCAGAUUGUGAUAGAAUCCAAUAGUCUCAUUUCGUGCUCAACUUGCAUGAAAAGCGACACCGUUAGAAUCCCAUACAGUCCGCCCAACGAGCCAAAGCCUCCAGGUUUCCUGACCAUAGUCUAGGCUAAACAGCAUGAUCAUGAGUGGUUUAAGAUGAUACAUAAGAUUGUCUAAUCGAUCCCAUCAUCGAUCGCCGGAGCAGUCUGGAAGUCUGAAGCCUCGCGCCUAGAAUGCGACAAGCAACGCCAAACAACACGCGUCAUGGUAUAAGAGAACCAGUGAACAUCGCGAUCGUCGACUCUUCUAUACGUACACCAUGACCCGAACCGCUCACUCUACAUCGACCGAUCGUGCGGGCCACAGCGCCUCCACGCCCAAAGGGGGAGGCGGUGCGCAUAACUGGGGCAGUCUCGAAGACGAGCGCGAUCUCGAAUCAGCCGCUGUUGCCGAUGCCCAGGAGGAGCUGGCAGAGUUGAAAGCGGAAACGGAUAAGGAUGUCAUCGCGCGUUCCGAUGGAGCAGAGCCGACAAAAGCUGCGGAGAAAUCGACGUAAACACCGCAGAUGUGUCUCGUAAACAAUGUAUAAUUGUACAGUAGAGCAUGCCUCCACGCCUGUCGCGCGACUUGUCGGGAGAAUGGGUAGAAACGGGCUGGUGCCGUGAAUACCCGGAUCAGGCCACGAGGCGGACACGCGGGCCAGGCGCGGCUGUAAGGCUGUAAGGUGUAUCCAGACCCAGACGCCGCCUUCAUCCACCCACCACCCAGACGCCAUCCUUCCUCGAUGUUCAGACAGCUGACAAACCAAUUAGCCGCCGCGGCUCCUGCUGCGAAAGAGGCUCCCAAAGCUAUGGCACCAACCCUCCGCAAUGACAUCUAUACUGCCAUGGACCAGACCAGGGCAUGGAUCACGGGCUCGGGCAGUGUCGUUGUUGGGCAGGCGGGGGACGGCGUGUCGUAUGCGGCGCCGAUGUCGACCAUCCAGAAGCACUUUCCAGACGCCAAGAUGGGGAUUGAGUCGGGUGGGAGUGCGGAGAACGAAGUCGCGGUGGUCGUGUGUGGGGUGACGAAUAGUGAGUCAGUCAAUUGGAUGCGUGGCUCUUUUGUUCUGCUACGAUCACGCUUCGCGCGGGUGGCCCCGGUUCUGGCAAGAACUGACAAUGCGGCGAUGUCUGUCGUGUCGUGUGGAAACAAUCCACCUCGCGAAAGCUAAACUCUGCUCCUAGUGAUUCUCGAGAUGUCCCGCUGGGAAGGGAUGUCGGGAGGCAUGACUAUGCGUACGUGGGUCGAUGGACUCAUUGCCUCACACGCAGGCCUUACGGCCAGUGCGAGAAAGGCCGCCAUCGGCAAGGGCAUUGUGCGGGGAAUCUCGCAGAACAUCAAUGUGGGGCUCAUGCCGAAAGAGUUCACCACACGCAUCCAAAUCGUCUCGUGCUUGAAGAGUGUGUGCGCGGGUGUCUAUGGAGCCGGAAGCGAGGAGGCACGACAGGCUGAGACUGUGCUCAACGCGCGCAUGAUCUGAUUCGGUCUUGCCCGGGGCGAUCGGGUGAUCAACUCGACUGGCAGACAUUCUCACACUUCGACGACCGAAAACUCGCUUCGCACCCUGGACUUUCCAAUUACGUGGGUGUAUUUAUGAGACUGCUCCCGAGCCGUCCGUUUCUCCCUGCCAAUCCUAAUUUUGCUCGAGUAUUUCCGGAUGUGUAGUUACAGUUUAAGUUUUCAAGGUGGACCGUGAGAGAUGAUACAUGAUGCAUCCUUACUCAGAGCACGCGGUGACUGGAAUCUCGUUCUCAAGUAGCUGGCGGAGAUGCACAUUUAAAACUAUCUCCAACAGGAUGUGACAUGCGACGUGGGAUGGCAGCAUAGGAACGGAAUUCAACCGAGCGAUGGUAUAUGCGACGAUGGAACGGAGAACCUGGGAGCGACCGAGUGUUCGAGGAGAUAUGCAUCGAC